AUGUUAACGCCCACCUGCGCCAGCUCCAGGAAUGGCUUGCCUCUCUUUAGCCAGCUCCGACGCGCGACCAGGACACGUUCACCUCUACCGUCAUCGCACAGAGCCUCCACCCCGACCAUAGCCCGCCAAUUGCGCGUCCUCCGCACGACUACGUAUACAUUGCCCUCAAUCAAUAUUAAUCACGCCGCCUAUCCGCUUCCCGCAAGACCACGCUGGUCCUCCAUCGCUCAUCGCAAACCCAGCUGCCUCCUACUCCCCACCACUUCCACCACCACCACCAUGAGCACUACCGAGACACAAUCCCGCCCUCACACUGGCCAUGCCCACGGCCACGGCCACCAUCACCACCACCACGACAACACUUACCUCGUCUCCAAGAACAAACAUGAUGCAGGUGUGCGCAUCACCCGCAUAGGUCUCUAUGUCAACCUGGGCAUGGCUAUUGGCAAAGGCGCAGGUGCCCUCGUCGCCGACGCCAUCCACAGUCUGACCGAUCUCGUCAGUGAUAUCAUGACACUAGCCACCGUUUCAUGGUCGCUGAAGCCGCCUUCUGAACGUUUCCCGAGCGGCUAUGGCAAGGUGGAAAGCUUAGGCUCGCUAGGCGUGAGCGGCAUAUUGCUCGGAGGCGGUGUCAUGAUGGGAUGGGCUGCCCUCAUCGCACUGGCCCAGCACCUUUUCCCCGAAGCCAUGGAGAUCGCUGCCCAGUGGGGUCUGAUGCCUCACAGUCACCAUCAUCACGGAGUGGGUGAAAUGGGUCCCAGCAUCCACGCGGCUUGGUUGGCUGGUGGAUCCAUUCUCAUCAAGGAAUGGUUAUAUCGAGCCACCCUCAAAGUUGCCAACGAACGCAAAUCUUCCGUCCUGGCUUCCAAUGCCUACCACCACCGCGUAGACUCUCUCACAGCCUUUGUGGCCCUCCUCAUGAUCGCCGGAUCCAAUGUUCUCACCAAUGCUUCGUGGAUGGACCCCGUGGGUGGUUUGGUUAUCUCUCUCAUGGUGAUCCAGGCAGGUCUAGGAAACACAAAAGCUGCGCUCUACGAAUUGGCAGAUGUUGGCGUCGAGCAAGAGAUGAGGGACAACGUUCAGAAGGCCGCUACCAAUGCGUUGGCAGACAUCAAUAUCGAUUCGACCGCCGAGGUCCGUGUGCGGCAUGUGCAGGGCGUCAAAUCUGGGCAGAAUUACCUGAUGGAUGUCGAGCUGGGGGCCCCCGCUUCUUGGACCAUUGAGCAAACACGAGGCGUUGAGAAUCUAGUGCGUGAGCGUGUAGGCGCCAAGGUCCGUGGAGUAAAGAAGGUCCGAGUGAGGUUUGUUGCCGACACCUCCGAUCAACCCGAUUUCUUGGACGAGUUCAUCCAGACAAAGGACGGUGACAGCUUGAGCCCGGAACCGGAAGUAGAUCAGGAUCGCCACGAACAUAGUCACGAUAGCACGGGCGUAGAUGGAAGUGUCAGGAAGCGGAGAUAA